CGAAUUUGACCCGUCAGUGUCUGACCAUGUGACAAUUUGUGACCAGUGUCAAUCCAACACUGCCCAUAAACGCCCACCUGAUAGUGAUCAAGACGAUUAAUGAAUGCUUUUGCUGCAUCUCCGUGGAUGGGCGAGCAUAAAAUCAUUUUGGGGUUCGAUAUUGGUACAACAUUUUCUGGAGUAUCUUAUGCAUAUCUCUUUCCAGGCGGUCCCCAAGCGGUCUCAAGAGUUAAUGCAUGGCCAGGGCAGGGCGCCUACCGAAGCGAAAGCAAGAUUCCGACCUUGGUAUGGUACGACAAUAGUAAGAAAGCUACCGCCUUUGGCGCUGAGGCAUUAAGCGCCGAAAUGCAAGAUGAAGCGGAGGACAGUGGAUGGACCCUCGCAAAGCAUUUCAAACUUCAUCUGCACCCACAGACUAUGAAGGAGAAGUAUAAUUUGACUCUUGAUCCCUUGCCUGACGGUGUUCCCCUUUCGACGAUAUACGAAGACUUGUUCGGUUAUCUCAUUAAGCACACUCAAGACACAUUCAUUCACCGUGUCCUCGAUGGGGCUCAUGUAUGGAAGACGUAUAUCCCCUCUGCCGAUGUUGUCAUUGCUCACCCGAAUGGAUGGGGCUUGAGGGAACAAGACUUUAUGCGUAGAGCGGUAGUGGCCGCUAAUAUCGUCCCCGAAUCUGAAUCACAUGCCCGAAUCUUCUUUGUCACCGAAGGAGAAGCUUCUGUCCACUACUGCAUGUUUCAUGCCGACCUAGUAUCACAACUUAAGCCGAACGUGGAAUUUGUUGUCUGCGAUGCGGGUGGGUCGACAGUCGACACAACCACUUACUCGGUGUCGGUAGUCCGUCCACAGCUUCAGCUUCGCGAAGCAAAACCAUCAGCUUGUAUUCAGGCAGGUGGUAUAUUCGUGAAUAAAGCUGCAGAAGAGUACUUCAGACGCGUAUUCUCAAACCCAGAGAUUGUCGACUCUCUGAAGGAACAAAUGUCUGGCAUCAACUGCAAGCAUAUUCUGCUUGUCGGAGGAUUCGGGGAGAAUCUAUACCUGAGAGAAAUGCUCAGUAGGGUUUUUGAGAUAAGAGACACCCAAAUUGUUACUGCAAACGACUCCACAGCUAAGGCAGUAUCGGAUGGUGCAGUUAUUUGGCGUGCUACAUCCUCAGUCGUUGCACGAGCUUGCCGCUUCCAGUACGGAAGCCCUUUGAACGUGAAAUACGAUUCAAAGAACCCGCUGCACAGUGGGCGCUUACCUUGGAAAGACAUUGAUGGACGCAGUGCAAUUUCCGGGGUAUGGGGUCCUAUCGUCAACCGCGGGGACGUCCUCCAGCCGGAUGAAGGGUUUUUGAGGGUUGUGUCCCGGAAUUACAAGUCCCCUAAGCUUGGACGUGUCUCGGAUGCGAUAUAUGCCAAUACCCUAAUUGGUCGGGAAACGCCGUACUACUCAAUCGAUGAGAACGGAAACCUUGUUCCAGGGUUUGAAGCGGUGUGCAACAUUUCCGUGGACCUGAGUAGGCUGUCUGGACUUCUGAAAAAAUGUCAGGGACCCAAGGGAACAUACUGGCAGUUGACUUAUGGGAUCGGCAUCGAAUUCGGUGGAACAGAACUUCAAGCAUAUCUUGAAUGGACUGAAGGUGGAAAGACGCACAAGAGCCCGGCUCAAAUCAUCCCAAACUCGUUAAUGUGAAUGCACUCGGUGAUAUGAUUGAAUUCCGUCGUUCAGAUAAUCCUUGUUUCUCAUGAUUUUGUUUGUCGUGAACACACUUUUCCACCGGCCCAGGAUGAGGCUAGCGAGUUAUCUCGAUUAUAAAAAUUGAAUGCGGGUCAACGUUAUUCAUAGCCAAGAACAGCAGCGAGAAGCUGCAUAUAACAAAUUAAAGAGGGCCACUGUACUCACACGACCAACAACUGGGUCACGCGAAUGCGUGGGAAAAAGUUUCGCGAAACAACCAACCGGUGACCCAGCACACCCAACCGGGCACCUGACCGGCAUACUGGUUAUGGAAGGCAUUUUGACA